AUGUCUACACCUUACGAACUUCCGUCAGAUACCUCCAACAUCAAGCCCUUCGAGUGGGAUGACAAGUAUGACUUCCCUCGAGACCUUGUUGGCUAUGGAGAGAACUCAUUCAAUCCUCAGUGGCCUGGAGGAGCAAAGAUUGCAGUCUCUUUUGUCAUUAACUACGAAGAAGGCGCUGAACACACAGUCUUGAAUGGUGACUUGCACUCAGAGACUCAUCUCUGGGAAGCUCCUGGCGGGACCCCAAAGAUCCAAGAGCGAGCUGUCAACAUCGAAUCCGAGUAUGAUUAUGGAUCCAGGUCUGGCGUCUGGCGCUUAUUUCGUCUCUUCAAUAAGCAUAACUUCAAAUACACUCUCUACGCUGUUGGAAAAGCCAUUGAGGACAACCCUGCUGUUGGGAUUUCUUCGGUGAAAAAUGGCCAUGACGUUGCCUCUCAUGCCUACCGAUGGAUCGACUAUGCGGACAUGUCCCCCGAGAAAGAGAAGGCGUACAUCAAGAAAGAAAUCGAGACAAUUGCCAAGAUAUGUGGUUCGCCUCCAAAGGGCUGGUACUACGGACGGUUAUCGAGCAGGUCUCAAGCUCUGGUUUGGGAAGUUUACAAAGAGAUGGGCGUACCUCUUCUUUGGGACUCGGACUCAUACGCGGAUGAUCUUCCGUACUGGGUAGAUGUGCCAGCGGAGAAGGACGAGAAGAAACCAAUGGGGAUGCUUAUGAUUCCUUAUUCAUACGGUAUGUCGAGUUGUUCAUAG